AUGCUUCUCCCCUCCUUCACGGCGCUCUGCGCCCUUGCCACCAUCCCUUGGGUGGACGCGCGGACAGAUUAUCCCGUCGUGGGCGUCAAGUCUGGCAUCAACCCCCUCACGAGAGAGACACCUGCAAGGAGGAAUAUCAGUGCCCUCUACGAAGAGGCUGGCCCGCAGUGGGACCUUUACGUCGACGCACUGAAAGCCAUGCAACGAACCAACGAGACGGAUCCCCUCUCCUAUUUUCAAAUUGCCAGUAUCCAUGGGCAGCCAUACGGGCCUUGGCCACCAGGCGCUGCUCAGACGGGAGCUCAGCAAGGAUAUUGCCCCCAUAAUGAGGCUUUGUUUGGGACGUGGCAUCGCGCCUACUUGAGCCUUUAUGAGCAAACUCUCGUCAAGCACGCACAGGAAAUCGCCCAGACGUACCCCCCUAGGUACAGAAGGCAAUACGUAGAGGCUGCUGAUCGCCUGCGUGCGGCCUGGUGGGACUGGGCGUCUGACUCUCGCGUUCCUCCCGUUACCACGCAAAAGACGGUCGUCAUCAACAGACCUUACGGAGAUGGUCUGCGCCCGCUGAGAGUACUCAACCCGUUCUACACCUACAAGUAUCCCCAGGCGGCACAAGACGGAGACUAUGGCAGGUUCAGUGGCGUAGGCAACACGAAGCGGUGCACGCAACAGGGCAACAGCUAUCCCAAGUCGGCAAAUGAGCUGCUGUCGAAGAUCUCCCUCAAGAGUCAAGUGUAUACUGCCCUCAGCCGUGCCAAGUCAUGGUCGGAAAUCAGCACCUCGGCCAACGGCGGCUCCAGCAUUGAGGGCCCUCACGGAUCGAUUCACAUCCGCGCCGCCUGCGGACUUGACUUUGUCUAUCUAGAGACAUCUGGAUUUGAGCCCUUGUUCAUGCUCCACCAUGUAAACGUCGACCGUAUCCUUGCCUUCUGGCAGGUCCUCCAUUACGAGAACGGGAAAAUCGAAUUUAACUACAAGACUGACGGUCUUUAUGCCACGCCAAAAGGUACCACUGUCACAGCCAAGUCUCCGCUUCGGCCCUUUGAGAACGAGCGCGGUCCCCUGACCAGCGAGGACAUGACCAACAUCGGCGACUGGGGCUACACAUACGAACCCAUCGAGUUUUGGAGGCAGAGCCCUGCAGAACAGAAGCGCGUAGUCACCCAAUACGUCAACAAGUGGUACGGUCCCCAGCGCCAGGCGACGGCGCCCCGCGCUGUGAAGGCCAGGGGUGUCGCCGAGCCUCAGUAUUACGCCAACCUCGAAGUCGAGAGGUCAGAGCUCGACCUGCCCGCCAUGGUGGAUCUAUUCCCGCUGCAGCAGACCAUUCAAGACGCGGCGUUUUCCCUGAACAUCACAUCCGCACUGGGCAUGCGCGAGGUGCUUACCCAUCACCUCGAAGCACGCAUCACAAAGCCCGACGGAACCUUGAUCCCGCUCGAGAAGGUGCCGAGCCUCAAGAUCGACCUCGAGGAGGUCCAAGUCGCCGCGCCCGAGACGGACGAGGAGCUCCCCAAGUUCGGGCUCGCCGACGUUCGGCCAGCUCGUGUCAAGGCGCUUACCAAGGAGGUCGUCGAGGUGCUUGUCACGGUUCACGUGCCGUGCCCGACAGAGACGCCCUCAUACGGAGUCCUCUGA